UCAUACAUUCUUUAACAGUACAAAUUUUACUAAUGUACUAAGACAGAAAUAAUUAUGCAAAUCUGCACGGAAAGGCAGGUUAGUAAUUAUUUACAUAUGUAUUUACAUAGAAUGUUUUAAUACAAACAAAUCUGUAAUAGGUAAAAUGUAAUUUAAAAAAGUAGAAGUUGUAUAUUUAAUUCGGGAAUUUCAUGCUUCCUGUUUGCUGGAAUAUUGCAUCAAUUUGUGGAGACAAGGCUUUAAUAAUGUCGCUCACAACCGCAACAACGAACGAUUGGUGGCUUCAACUCAGAUCAUUUCUCUGCUUGAGACGAAUUCCCCCAGAAGAAGAUAACACAAAAGGAGAAGAUUCUGAUCCAGAAGUGGACCAAUCUUACGAGACAAAUAAACACGUCACAAAGGAUAACUUAAAACAUGCCAAAAAACCAAAUUUGGGCGAAAUUUUCGUCCACAGGACGAGAAAAGUUUCUAGAAAGGAAAACAUAUCCACGGCACUAAAUUCAUUGCAAGCCUCGCUCCACAACCUUCCCGUGAAAGAUGAGAAAACCCCGAAGAAGGUUGACUUCACUUUGCCCCAAGAUCCUGUUAAUGGCGGGACGACAACCUCUUCCUUCUGGUUGACCAGUGCUAAGAAGGACUUCGAAUUAAAAUAUUCCUCUUCACCUUCAAAUUCAUCCCGGGCAAAAUUAAGCGAUUUCAACCCCCUCCAAACCAUCGGAACAGGAUCCUUCAGUCACGUUCGACUCGUCCAAUAUCGCCCCACUGGAAAAUUCCACGCUAUGAAAAUCCUCUCCAAGAAACUUCUCAUCUCUACGAAACAAGUGGACAACACCCUCUGCGAGAAAAAGGUCCUUCAAAGUGCCUCAUUUCCCUUCAUCGUCACGCUAAAAUAUGCCUUCAAGGAUAACUCGAACAUCUACCUCGUCCUCGAUUUCGUCCCGGGCGGCGAGCUGUUGACCCAUGUAAAAAAGUCGCGCCAAGGUUUCUUUCCGGAACCCCAGGCGGCCUUUUAUGCCUCUCAAGUCGUCCUCGUUUUUGAAUAUUUGCACCAUCUCGGCUUCAUUUAUAGGGAUUUGAAACCAGAAAACGUACUCCUGGAUGGGCGCGGAUAUGUCAAGGUGACGGAUUUCAGCUUCGUGAAGCGCGUUCCGGGCAGAACGUACACGUUGUGCGGGACGCCAGACUAUUUAGCGCCGGAAAUGGUGUUAUCGAAGGGGUACAAUGCCGCCGUGGAUUGGUGGGCGGUGGGGGUCCUUAUAUUUGAAAUGUGCGCGGGAUAUCCCCCCUUCUUUGGGAAUAGUCAGAUGGCCAUUUAUGAAAAGAUUGUGGAUGGGAGGGUGCGGUUUCCGCGGCAUUUUUCAAACAAAGUGAAGAGUAUUGUGGGAGGGUUGUGUGAAGCGGAUGUUACGAAAAGGUUGGGAAAUAUGAAGUCGGGCGUGGCCCAGAUUAAGGAGCAUGGCUGGUUUGAAGGGAUGGACUGGGUGGGAAUAUUUGAGAAGAGGGUGAGACCCCCGUUAAUUCCGGAGUAUCGGGGGAGAAGUGAUACAUCGAAUUUUGAGGGGUAUGACGAGAUUGAGUUGAAGAUUGAGAAGGUUAAUCAGUAUGAGAAAGAGUUUGCGAAUUUUUGAAAAUUGGUUUUGACAAGAUAUUCAUAAAAUAUUUGAAAAUAUAGAUUGUGAAUGGGUUGCCAAAGCAAGAAAUAAAUAUACAGUUGUCUAAACUAACAAUUCACAUGUUAGACAUGUUUCUCUCGGAUCUUCUUGAUACCAGCACUAAAUAUGAGUUUUUGCCAACUUAAAAACUUCGCCAUUUCGCGAAUUCUGCAGAAGUGCUCAAGUGUCACACCAACUGUUCUUUGUGUUUAGUUCCUUGAUAUUUUAGUGAUAUGAAGAAGAUCUGUCAGAAAAAUGCCUGACAUGUGCAUCGUGAGCCAGCUGUAACCUUUUUGGCUUAUCAUAGAUAUUAGAAUGAGUAGUUCAAAUUUCUGAAAUUGGUGAUUUAUUUUCAAUUAUAUAUGUAUGUAGGUCGAAUUCAGUAUGUGCAUAUGUAUACAUUUUGAUCCUUUGAACUACUCUGAAUAAAUUUCAAUUGAAGUACACCAAAAUCAUUACAAAUUACAAAAAGAGC